AUGGCUGACUCAAAGAGCCCAUCGGUCGGAAAGAGAUGGGAGAUGAGUAUCAACCGCGAGACAGAGCAGAAAAACGACUGCUUCGAGAAAGAGAAGCAGAAAUUUCAAGAACAUGUUGAGAACGAUGCGAUAAAGGCAUUGUCAAAUGCUAGCUAUGCAUCCGGGUCCUUACGAUCAUCUGAGCCUUCUCAGAUUAGAACAUCAAGCCAUCGAAAUGACGGUGACGACCUCGGAAAGCAGUGCUCGGAAGGGGCCAUGACUGAAACAGGCCAACCAGCACCCCUACCUACACCCCCUCAAUCGCCUACCGCCUCCAAAUUUACAAUAUUGCACCUUGAUGGCUUGGAUCAACGUAAUGUUGACAGAUGCGGGAACGACUUCAAUGAGCUUCAGGCUACAAUCAAUACGCUUCAGUCCAAGCUGAGAGAAAAAGAGAAAGAAUGCCAAUGCCUACGUGAAGAGCGCAGACAGGCAUCAAGACUACAUCGCGAUUCUAUCCACAAUGAUGACGAAGAGGAGAUUGAAAAGCUCAAGAAGCGGGUAGAAAGAUUGGAUGAGAUGUUAGACAAGAACGAGGAGAGCAUCGAAUGCCUUCAGAAGCAACUUCUCGAAACCAAAAUGCAUAAGAGACAGUUAGAAAUACAAUUGGCCGAGGCCGAAAAAAACUUCCAAGACAGGAAUAAACUACUCAAAGAAAUGCAUCAUACUACUGAUGCUCUAGCGUUCACAAGUCAAGAGGGUUCUAUCUCCCAAAUAAGCCUGGGAUCAGAGAGGAGGCGUCAAGAGUCAACAAUACAGGGCACAGGCUGGGCUAUCCACUGUCCGAAAGGACGCAAAAAGUCCGGAUUUGGCAUAGCGAGGGACGUGAUAAGAUCGAACUCUACCCUGAGAAAGCCAUAA